CAAGCAGCAGCAGCAGCAGCUUCUGCGUUUGCUGAAAAUGUAGGGCAGCCGUUUCACUUUCUCCUUUCCCGCUGUCUCGUCUUUUUGUUCUUUCGGCCGUGCUGCCGUAUCCGCAGUCGCCACGGUGACGGCCGCCGUCGCCGCCGCGAGCUCCACUUCCGUAUUUACCGAGGCUUUCCUCCUCCUCCUCUGCGUCUCGGCGAGGAUUUGCAUAGGGGGGUCAUGUAAACCCCCCCCCUCGCCCCCUGUACCGAAAUCAACCCCCCCCCCCCCCAUCCCGAGGAACCAUUGUCUGCGUCGGCGUGAAACAGAAAGGUGCGCCUCAGGAUCAAGUCAUGAAUUCUUGUUGGAAAAUUAAAAUUCAGAAUGAAAAGCCUCUGGGUCAUUCGGCGAGCAGAUCCAGCAAUAUAUCGAAGGCCGGCAGCCCGACUUCAGUCAACGCUCCCGGCAGUUUCUCGAGAACGUCGGUUUCUCCCUCCAGCCAAGACAUCUGCAGGAUCUGCCACUGCGAAGGCGACGACGAGAGUCCGCUGAUCACGCCGUGCCACUGCACGGGCAGCCUGCGCUUCGUGCACCAGUCCUGCCUGCAGCAGUGGAUCAAGAGCUCGGACACGCGCUGCUGCGAGCUCUGCAAGUACGAGUUCAUCAUGGAGACCAAGCUCAAGCCCCUGCGCAAGUGGGAGAAGCUUCAGAUGACGGCGAGCGAACGGCGGAAGAUUAUGUGCUCGGUCACCUUCCACGUCAUCGCCAUCACGUGCGUGGUGUGGUCGCUCUACGUCCUCAUCGACAGGACGGCAGACGAAAUCAAACAAGCCCGGAGUAUUCCAGGCAUCAUGGAGUGGCCCUUCUGGACCAAGCUGGUGGUGGUGGCCAUCGGCUUCACGGGCGGCCUGGUCUUCAUGUACGUGCAGUGCAAGGUCUACGUCCACCUGUGGAGGAGACUCAAGGCCUACAACCGCGUCAUCUACGUGCAGAACCGGCCGGACUCGUGUAAAAAACUGGCCCUGGAGAAGCCGCCGCUCCUCGAGCCCAGCGUGGACCACAAGGACGCGCCGGCCCCCGCCCACUCCGACACAAACUCCUCGCACUACACGGAGACGGACGAAUACAGCAUGGAGGUGCUCCACGUGUGACUCGCAGCGGGUAUGGCGUGGGGGAGCCCCUCCGAUCGUCUCAGUCAGAUCCACGGGGGGUCGGGGGGCCGAGUUGUUGCCUCGUUGCUGUUUUUUUGGGACUUCGAGCAAGGACGCACGCGCGGAGUGACGGGAGAUUAUCGGAACAUUUUCAGUCAAAAUGUCGGCGGGGAGUCAAGUUUUGGUCCACGCGAAGAUAGAAAGACAAGAAUGGACACUCACAGCGUUGAAAUGGAACUCGAGAUUUCCAAAAAAAAAAAAAAAUUCAAAUUCAAUUUCUCUGCUAAGAAAAAUGUCCACACCAAGUGUCGCAUUUGCUGGCACACAAAUAUAGAAAGUCAAGAAAACACACACACACACACACAAUCCAACAUAGUCAAGGGAAAUUCAUUUUUGGGGCCAAAAUAUUGCAAUAAAGAAAAAAAAAAAAAAAGUCAAGUUUUAUGCUGCACAAAGACAGAAAAACAAGAACAGGCACGUUUGGUACGAGUUUGCUAAGAGCACACGCACACAAUAGUGCGAAAGGCGAUCGUCAAAGCAAUAUUCUCCCGAAAUUUCCCCUUCGUCAAAUAAAUAAAUUGGUGUCACAUGAAGAUUAAAAAGUGGCUCAGCUGGUAAAGCGUUGGCCUCACAUUUCUGAGGUCCCGGGUUCGAUCCCGGCCCAGCCUGUGUGGAGUUUGCAUGUUCUCCCCGUGCUUGCGUGGGUUUUCUCCGGGCACUCCGGUUUCCUCCCGCAUCCCAAAAAACAUGCAAAAUGAAUUUGGACACUCGAAAUUGCCCCUAGGUGUGAUUGUGAGUGCGGCUGUUUGCGUCUAUGUGCCCCGCGAUUGGCUGGCGACCAGUUCGGGAUGUACGCCGCCACUUGCCCGUCGACAGCCCGGAUAGGCUCUCCCCGUGACCCUCGUGAGGAUAAGCAGUAAAGAAAACGGAUGGAUGAAGAUUAAAAAACACUGUUUAGAUUCAAUUUCAGCCAAAUGUCUUAAGAACACGAAAGGCGCCCGUCUGUGCAAAUUAUGAACCGAACGUGUCCGCCAUGAAGUCAACGUCGGAGCCACCGCGCUAAGAUUUAAAAAAAAAAUAAUCAUCAAAACUGUUGAUUUUUGUCUAUCUUUGUUUUUACCUGUGAGUCCCGGACCGAUCCAACACGUGGACGGGCAUCGAAGCACUUUUUUUUGUUUCCUUCUUGUCGUCUUGUGCAGGAUGGAGCACACGGAUCACUUCACCCCCCCCCCCCCCCCCAAGUCAGAUGACAUAAAAAGAACAUUUUGUGAAUUCACUUUUUCCUUUUGGGGGGGGGGGGGGCAUUUUUUCCCUGACACCUUCUGAAGAGAAUGUACACUUUUUUUUGUAAACACAAAACCUUAGAAAAAAUAAUAAUAAAAUACAAUUUUUAGCUAUUUUCUAUGUCUUUGAGCUCACCGUUACAACUUCGUAUGUUUUACUUGAGGCGUGUGAGCGUGUUUUAAAUCUGUAAGGCUAUCUUUACGUACGUGUGCAUCGUGUAUCUGCCGGCUGCCGUUUUGGCUACGUUUACCUGUACGUGACGCCCUGCCCCCCUCCCACCGGCACAGUCUUGUAAGCAUAACCUGAAGCUGUAUAAACAGCCUCGGGAAAAUACAUAUCUGCAGUCAACGUCAAAAUAUUGCCAUAUUCCAGUACUGUAAAAUGAAAUCCACCGCUGCAAAAUCUGAAAGUCAACGUGUGCCACCAGGAUUUGAAUUUGAAAUGUAAAGUGAUCAUAUUUUCAAUAUUUGCGACAAUUCGCUGUCUGUGCCACCGG